AUGUCCUCUUGUAUGGGUGCUAUCGCCAUCGGAGAUCUGGUCAAAAGCACUCUCGGCCCCAAAGGAAUGGACAAAAUUCUUUUGUCCGGGGAAACAUACGAAGUUACUAAUGAUGGUGCCACAAUACUUAAGUCGAUUGGCAUUGAUAAUCCUGCUGCCAAGAUUCUUGUCGGUAUGCGUUUGAAAAAAAUGGAUUGUUUCCUUUUAGAGAUGAGCAAGGUUCAGGACAAUGAGGUUGGUGAUGGAACAACUUCUGUCACUGUCUUGGCAUCUGAGCUUCUUCGGGAAGCAGAGACUCUUGUUUCUUCAAAGCUCCAUCCACAAACUAUCGUGGCUGGAUGGCGGGAGUCCACAAAAGUUGCGUUAGACGCCCUUAGAAAUGCCGCUAAAAACCAUCCAUGCGAUGAUUCUGAACGUCAUAGUGAUGCAAGUUUUAAAGAACAGCUUCUCAGGGUUGCCAGAACUACUUUAAGCUCGAAAUUGCUGACCCAUCAUAAGGAGCAUUUCGCAAAACUUGCUGUCGACGCUGUUUUGCGGUUAAAGGGCAGUGGAAAUCUCGAUGCUAUUCAGAUUAUCCAAAAACUUGGUGGCACGCUAUCCGACUCUUACCUGGAUGAAGGUUUUCUCUUGGACAAGAAGAUUGGUGUGAACCAACCAAAGCGCAUUGAAAAUGCUAAUAUUCUCAUUGCAAACACGCCUAUGGAUGCUGAUAAAAUAAAAAUUUUUGGGUCUAAAAUUCGCGUUGAUGCCAUCUCAAAGAUAGCUGAUUUGGAAAUCGCUGAGAAGGAGAAAAUGCGGGAUAAAGUUGAGAAAAUUAUCAAGCAUGGCUGCAAUGUUUUCAUUAAUCGUCAGUUGAUCUACAAUUACCCUGAGCAACUUUUCGCCGAUGCUAAUGUGAUGGCCAUAGAGCACGCCGACUUUGAGGGCGUUGAGAGACUUGCACUUGUAACUGGCGGAGAAAUCGUCUCCACCUUCGAUUCUCCUGAAACUGCGAAGCUUGGACACUGCGACCUCAUUGAAGAGACGACAAUCGGGGAGGACCGUCUCAUUAAAUUCUCGGGUGUGGCACUCGGAGAGGCUUGUACAAUAGUGUUGCGCGGGGCCACUAACUCGAUUCUGUCAGAAGCCGAACGCUCAUUGCACGAUGCGCUCUGUGUGCUGCAGCAGACUGUGAAGGAUCCACGCACCAUUAGCGGUGGAGGUGCCAUGGAAAUGCUCAUGGCAGAGGCCGUCGCAAAAGCUGCAGCUUCGACACCUGGAAAAAUGGCAAUCGCCAUGGAGGCCUUUGCAACUGCUCUGCGACGUCUGCCGGCCAUAAUUGCUGACAAUGGCGGCUACGACAGUGCCGAACUGGUUUCUCAGCUUAGGGCUGCGCAUGCUACAGGCAACUCUGACAUGGGUCUCGAUAUGGAACACGGAUGUAUCGCCAAUAUGGAGGAUCUGGGAAUCACUGAAUCCUAUAAUGUGAAGCGCCAAAUGAUUAUAUCGGCAUCUGAGGCUGCCGAGAUGAUCAUUCGAGUCGACGACAUAAUGCGGGCCGCACCACGUAAACGCCAACAACCGCGUCACUAA